UGAUGGCGGAAACUUAGUUCCAACAUAAUCAGCACUUGCGUGGGUAUGACAGCUUUCAAUGAUUUACUGUUAUUUUAUACGGACUACAACUUGCUUGGUGACCAAUCAAAGGCCACCAAGGCUGUCAGACGUUAAUGCAGCAUAUCCUUCACGUAGGCUCUCCACGCACUUGAUUGUAAGAGCGCAACUCGUCUACCACUGCACUCGGCAACCUCCGUCCUCCGAAGCCAAAAUCUGUAUUUUCCUUAUUAAGAAGGCAGUCGCGUCAUGCAGGUCAAAGCCGAUUCGCCAGAAAAGGAGGAGCUGACUCGUCCUUUCAUCAAAGAAACCCAAUGUUUCACUUUUCCAGGGCCGCCACUGCUCGUUGUCGACCAUUGCUUCUCAGGACUUUCACUAAUUCAACCACCAUGGGCAAAGGCUUCACUCCAGCUGCACGUGUCUCCAAAUUUGAAAAAGACGUUUGGUCUAUCUUUACACCAUUGGCUGCUGAAACCAAGGCCAUAAACCUGGGCCAAGGUUACAUGAACUUUGGUCCCCCCGAGGCAGUUCAAAACGCGGCCAAAGAGGCUAUCGAAACCGUCGAGUCCAACCAGUACAGUCAUCCCAAGGGCCGUCUUCGCUUGCGCAAUGCCAUUGCUGCUUCGUAUGAGCCAGAGUACAAUCGUAAACUCAAUCCCGAAACCGAGAUUCUGGUUACCGCCGGUGCAAACGAAGCCAUGUAUGCCACGUUUGCCGGUUACUUGGAUGAAGGGGCCGAAGUGAUCUGCAUCGAGCCAUUCUUUGACCAAUAUAUCUCCAAUAUUACAAUGAACGGAGGAAAACCGGUCUUUGUACCACUUCGCGCUCCUGACAGUGCCAAAACCAGCACCAUCUCAUCGCAUGAAUGGAAACUGGAUAUUGACGAACUUCGAUCCAAGGUGACAGAUAAAACCAAGAUGAUCGUCAUCAACACCCCUCACAACCCUGUCGGCAAGGUCUUUGACGAAGAGGAAUUGUUGGCCAUCGGCAAAGUUGCCGAGGAUAACGAUUUGAUCAUUUUGUCGGAUGAAGUGUAUGAUCGUCUCUACUAUCCUCCUCUCAAGAAGUUCCCUCGCAUCGCCACCUUGGGUAAUCUCUGGGAGCGCACAUUGACUGUAUGCUCGGGUGGCAAAAGCUUUGCUGCCACCGGCUGGCGUGUUGGCUGGCUGAUCGGCCCUGAACAUCUCGUCAAGUACUCGUUUGCUGCCCAAACUCGCGUCGUCUUCUCUGUCAACUCGCCAUGCCAAGAAGCCGUCGCUGCUGGUUUGGAGGCUUCCUUGACCCAACCCAUCUUCCAAGAUCAAGUGGCAGCCUAUCUCAAGAAACGCGAGAUCUUAGCCAAAGUGUUUGAUGAACUCGAGUUGCCUUACACCGUACCUGAAGGUGCUUACUAUAUCCUUGUCAACACCGAUAAGAUUGACAUACCUAAGGAUUAUCAGUUCCCCGAAGAGCUGGAUUCGCGAGGAGCUGAUUUCAAGACGUGCUAUUGGUUGACCAAGGAGAUUGGCGUAGCUGCUAUCCCGCCUUCAGAGUUCUACUCCAAGGAGCACUGGUAUUUGGCAAAGGAUUUUGCCCGUUUUGCUUUCUGCAAGACAGACGAUGUUUUACUCCAGGCUGUCGAACGUUUACGUGGACUGAAGCAGUACAUUAAGAAGUAAAAAAUAAUAAUAGUGUAUCUGUAAAAGAAUAUAGACAUUG